UAUUUUUCCGUGUGUGUGUCACUACAUGUCAUUUCCCACCAUGAAUUCGGGCGCGGUUUUGUUGUUAGAGACCGUUAACUUUGCCGCAGAGAAACAUCGCAACCAGCGACGUAAGGACGCAGACGGGACGCCGUACAUUAAUCACCCCAUCGGAGUCGCAAGAAUCCUCAGCCACGAAGGAGGCGUCGCAGACAUCGAGGUUUUGCAAGCUGCUCUCCUUCAUGACACGGUGGAGGACACAGACACCACUCCUGCGGAGCUCGAGGCGAAGUUCGGACCGACCGUGGCUCGUAUCGUUCAGGAGGUGACGGAUGACAAGCGUCUGCCCAAGCAGGAGAGGAAGCGCCUGCAGGUGGAACACGCGCCUCAUUGCAGCCGCCAGGCCAAAUUGGUCAAACUUGCUGAUAAACUGUACAACCUGAGGGACCUGAACCGCUGCACGCCUGUUGGUUGGACAGCUGAGCGGGUCCAGGAGUAUUUUGUGUGGGCCUGUGAGGUGGUGAAAGGCCUGAAGGGAACCAACUCAGCUCUGGAGGAGAAGCUGGAGGAGCUGUUCAGACAGAGAGGAGCCCAGAUCUGACAGCAUCAACACGACACAGUGGAGAGCAGACUAUUUAAGUUACAAAUGAAUCAAAUUUUCAGUUAUUUAAAAA